AAGCAGUAUUUCGUUGACUACGUUUUAAAAAACCUAUAUCUAUUAUGUCUGGACGUGGCAAAGGCGGAAAAGUAAAGGGAAAGUCGAAGACUCGUUCCAGCCGGGCUGGACUUCAGUUCCCAGUUGGAAGAAUCCAUCGUCUUCUUCGUAAGGGUAACUACGCUGAGCGAGUUGGUGCUGGAGCUCCAGUUUACUUGGCAGCUGUCAUGGAAUACCUGGCCGCUGAAGUUCUUGAAUUGGCAGGUAAUGCCGCUCGUGAUAAUAAGAAGACUAGAAUCAUUCCACGUCAUCUUCAACUCGCCAUCAGGAACGACGAAGAGUUAAACAAGCUUCUUUCUGGAGUUACCAUCGCUCAGGGUGGUGUCUUGCCUAACAUCCAAGCUGUUCUUUUACCAAAGAAGACCGAGAAGAAAGCUUAAGUUCCAAACAGCUAAUUCAUCAAACAAAGAACAAUCGGCCCUUUUCAG